AUGACUGUUAAGAGGAGAAACCAUGGAAGGUCAAAGAAGAACAGAGGGAGCGUGAAGCCCAUUCAGUGUGACAAAUGUGGUCGUGUAACUCCCAAGGAUAAGGCAAUCAAAAGGUUUAGGAUUCAGUCUCUUAUUGAACAGGCAUCAUUUGACGAUCUAAAAGAAAAAACCAUCUAUGAAGUGUUCGAGGUCCCUCGUAUGGGCUACAAGUCGCAAUUUUGUGUGUCUUGUGCAUGUCAUGCCAAGAUAGUUAGAGUUCGCUCUUCUCAAGCAAGAAAAAUCAGAUAUGGAUUCAACCCAAACAGGGCAAGUUCUUAUAAUUAA